UGCCGGGACAGCGAGUGACGUCAGCGGGUAAGAUGGCGGAGGCUGCGGCCGUCUCUCCGCUUCGCUUCUUCUGCCACUGCUGCAAGGGGGAGGUUUGUCCCAAGCUGCCGGAAUACACCUGCCCUCGGUGUGAAUCCGGGUUUAUAGAGGAGGUCACAGAUGAAACGAGCUUCUUGGACAGUGGAACCAAUGGACUUGAUGAUGAUUCAGCCACCCAGUUUGCAGAGCUAUGGGAUCGCACCUUCCUAAACCUGGACCAGACCUUCCUGUUCGUUGAUGGGAGACCCUUGCGUAGCGGGACCUCUCUAGAUCACGAUAGUGGAGAGACAGAGCGAGGAAGCCAGCAGAAUGACAUCUGGGGUCCCAGCCGGCACACAAGGUUACCAAUGGCUAGAAGAUACCGAUCUCGGGGAACAUCGCGCCCUGAGAGGUCUCCAGCCAUUGAAGGAAUAAUCCAGCAGCUGUUUGCAGGACUCUUCAAUGCUGGAAUCUCAGGCUCUCCGCAGACAUUCUCCUGGAGUGGGAUGCUGCACUCAAACCCUGCCGAUUAUGCCUGGGGACAGAGCGGACUCGACGCCGUUAUUACACAGCUUCUGGGACAACUAGAAAACACAGGACCUCCCCCGGCAGAUAAAGACAAAAUCACAGCCCUCCCGACAGUGCACGUCACACAGGAGCAGAUCGAUUCAGGUUUAGAAUGUCCGGUGUGUAAAGAGGAUUAUCUCCUUGGGGAACAAGUUCGACAGCUGCCCUGCAAUCACUUCUUCCACAGCGACUGCAUCGUACCCUGGUUAGAACUGCAUGACACCUGUCCCGUGUGUCGCAAGAGUUUGAAUGGAGAGGUCACCAUGGGUCAUCGGCAAACUUCAGAGGAGUUAUCCGGCAGUGAAACCCGGCAGCGGGACCCCUGGACAUACUAAAGGACUCUGCAGGAAGUACUUUGCACCCCAACCCCUGCAUAACUCGAUCAGUAAUAUUGUUACUUCUAUUGUAAAUUAUAUAUAUUAAAGAAAGAAGUGGGCACGUGCCACAGCUGAGUGGCUGCACCUAAACUGAUGGCAUUUACAGGGGGCCUAUCUUUCAUUCUGUGAAUUAUGUGUUUAACAAUGUGGGAUCGAUUCGCUUUUCAAUGGUUGCACAAAAAUAAUAGUUUUAUGCUCAGUUUGUUCGAACCUUGCUUCGUUCAAAACGCCAUGGCAAAUUGAUUUUAAUUUCACCAGUGGAAAAUUCCACUUUUCAAAGCUCGUAAGAUAUUUUUUGUAGUAAGAGGGCAUGAGGGAGGUUGUGGGUGAAAGAUUAGACAAUCCCGGUGAAAUGACGGGUGGAUCUGUGAAAAUAAAUGGGAAUGCUGCUGGUUUUGUUCCAGGAAGGCCUUGACUAUCGAGAGACUGAUGGGGUGGCAGUGGUGGUGGAGAAGAGAGAGAGUCAGCGCUGAAAUAUUGCAGUACCAGACAGACUCUCACAAAGACACAAAAAGAAACUAUUAAAGCCCUUGAACCAUUGUGCCAAAUAUAAACUGACUGAUUGUCAUUCUCAUACCCCAGAAAUAUGUGUUUAAAAAUCUGGGGGUCUGGAUUAGAAUAUACCUUUCCAGUCAAUGGCCACAGGGCACAAUCUGUUUGGAUUCCCUCCACUGUGCAUCCCCAUUUUAUGCCCCCAACUGAAAGUGAGGAUAUGGGUCCCACAAGAGCUAGCCACCCUUGACACCUUGCAGAGUGAUUAUUCAUCAAGGGUGAGCCGAGAGAGCAUAUGUUAGCAGAAUGUUUAGCUGUGGGAGUAUUCGUCAUUGAUCCUGACAUCCACACUUGUGCACUUUCCAGCGGGGUGUCACUGAGUAGCACUCAGGAGCAGAGACUCUGCCUGCUUCCCUCCCUCCCUCAAGGCUUUACUAGCUAACCAAUCGCGUCAUACCCAAUACAUGGUCUGACUGUAAAGGUUUUCCUCCUGCAGGCUCCAGAUUUAAUUCCUGAUCUGCAUCAUUCAGCCCCUCAUCGUAGGAUUCCACUUUCAGAUCUUAAACUGAGUGCUGAUGAGUUCCUAGGGUCAUUACACCCAAUGCAGUUGAAAGUGGCUACUCCCCAGACGGCCCUUACCCAGCACUCCACGUUGAGCUAGUUCUCAAAAUCCUCAGAGAUAAAAACAAAAAACUGCGGAUGCUGGAAAUCCAAAACAAAAACACCUGAAAAAACUCAGCAGGUCCGGCAGCAUCGGCGGAGAAGAGCACAGUUGACGUUUGGAGGGUCAUGAGGACUCGAAACGUCAACUUUGCUCCUCUCCACCGAUGCUGCCAGGACCUGCUGAGUUUUUCCAGGUAUUUCUGUUUUUGCCUCAAAAUCCUCCCCAGUCUUAUGAGGCGGUCUGGGAUUGGUUCUAAGAACUGUCUCAUGGAGGAUGUCUGCAAACGGCUUUCACUCUCUAGCUCCCCGUUAGCACCUUGCAUUUACAGCCAGGUAUCCUAGCCACUUCAGGCAGCCUUUAAAAACCCAUGUAGUUAAGACAUCCUCUAACAAACAGCAUAGUGCAGAAAAAACGGCAGGUCACAGGAAGGGAACUCAAGAACACAAGAACGAGUAAAUAAUUACAGGGGCGGUAUGUUACCUCUUGCCCUCACUUAGGCUGGAAGCACUGAUCUCAGCGACAGCUUUCCUCAGUUGUUUUACUGCAUCCCCUAGUGGGCAGUGAUAUUAUAGCACGCUCAGGAACCAGGGACAAUUGGAAACUGGGGAGCAGAGUUUUCUAUAUUUAGUAUCUCCUUCCUCCUAUGCUUCUCCCGCACUUCAUCUCCACAGGCACUGAUUCUUGCUGGGGGAUGGAUCUAUAAACUCCAAGAGAUCUCAGCUACUUGGCCAUAGUCACGACUCCUCAGUUCAAUAGCAAGUGUCAGUAGGAGAUUCAAUUUCCAAGGCUUGUAUUGCUGUAUUGAAUCGGAUUUGGUGAAUUUUUGAAAACCUUUUCAUAUUUCCAAAGAGCACUUGUUUGUGUUGAGCAGGAUGUGCUUGACAAAUCAGGGUCAAACCAUCCUUGGAUUAACUGCCGAAGCUCAUAAAUCCUAAUGAGCGGGAAAUCUUCAUUUUUAAUCAUAUUCUGACAGUAUUCAUGAAGGAGAAUUCCUCUUUCUGUUACCUCUUCAACCUACAACGUCAUCCAGAGGGUAUGUUCAUUGGAGCAAGGAGAGCAGUGGCAUUAAUGAAAGUGUUCCACAAUACGGUAUUCUGAAAGGCAACAUUCAGACCCGGAGGGAGAGUUAGAGGUCAGAGCCUCUUGUGUAUGAGACACAAGGAGUUGCUGAUAUUUCACACUGGUAGGUUCUGAGCUACUAUGUUGGUUACAAAGGAGCAAAUGGCAAAGGGAGCGGUGACUGGGGAAAGGAAGUGCUUGAAAAAUGACACACUGUCACAGUGAAAAUAGCACUGGGCAAUUUCAUAAACAUCUUUGUCAUUUAUUUAUGUAAUCAGUUCUUUCACAAAUACUAAAAUUGGCUACAACUUGGAUGGGUUUGUAAAUAGUGAUGCAUGAAGUUUAAUUAAAAUCUUGACAGUGUGAUCUACUUUCAACAGUAACCAAUGUGGAACUUAGUACAGCCAUUAGUUUAAUCCUAAAACCCAGAAUUGCCCAUUGGUUUUAACUCUGAAUCUGUGCAGUGGAAGAUAUUGGUUUGCAUGGGGUAAAAAUGUAUGACAGUUUAAGUUAUCUCUGGUCUGGGACUUGGGCCUGUGGAGUGAGCUGUGAUUGUUCAGCACCACUUUCCAGCCAUGAGGGGAGCAGUACACUUUUGGUUACUCGCUAAGGACAGAGACAUGUCACUGCAGCACCGACUCUGAACUCUGUAUAGCAAAGGGCCACCCACCAACAUGUAACAUUGUCCCUUGUGCUUCAUCCCUGAAACUGCAGCAAGGAGAGAAAGAAACCUAAUACAAUCUGAACUUUAUAAAUGUGUACAAGAUCUUUCAGGACAGAAGGAGGCCAUUCAGCCUGUGAAACCUGUGCCAGCUCUAUGAAAGAGCUGUUUAAUCUAGGUCCACAUGCCAGCUUAGUUUUGCAGGUAUUGCUCCUGUCCAAAAUGUAUCCAAACAAUAUGCUCUGACUCCAACCCCUGGCUUUAACUGCAGGUCCUUGCCCUGGUGCCAGCUUAUUUACUGCAGUGACUGUACAAUGUACCUGUCAUACCGAGUAUGCACAGGAGAUAAAAUGGAGGCACACACAAGUCAUACAAUAGCAGACAGGAACAAAUUGCUCCCUUUGCCUGGUGCAUCUGAAAACCCAGUGUCUACUGUAUUAUUACCUUCAUUAAGGAUCACACCUUUUAUUUUAGAUAGACUGCCUUUCACGUUCACUAUACUACCCCACCCAAAGCAUUGUAUGAGUGUGUUAAUUGGUGAUGCAGUUAAAAAUGAAACAGGAGCCAAAUUCUGCAUUAAGAACCACUGUCAAACUCGUCAAAUAAAAUGAAUUAAGAAUGAAACAGUUCUGCUCACUAGAAGACCCUCAUCUGGUAUUGCAUUAUGUUUUUUUGUAGUUGUAAAUGUUUAACUCUGCUCUGUCAUUGGUUUAAAGGUUUUUAUUUUGUAAAUAAACCGAAAGAAAAUUGA